CGUCUACCGCCAAUCUCCCUACAGAAUGCAUCGAUUAGCCGACAACCAACCAGUCAGUUACUGGUUAGUUGCUCGGUACACCGUGAUAACCACAACAGACCAUGUUAACCAGUUUUAAUGGCGGGGUGCAGGCCUGCACAGAGGGGCACUGGUCGCCGGAAAGGAAUGGCGCUGGCGGAGGAGUGCUGGCUGUGAGUAGAUGAGGCCGAGGCAAGAUCGCGGCGGCGGAAGGAAGGGGAUGGCUAGCGGCGACUUCGCGUUGGCAGAGCAAGGGUCGCCGUCGUCGAGGAGGGAGAUGGUCGAUAUAGGGGAAAGGAGGAGCACCGCCGGCGUAGGGAGAUGGUCGAUGGAGGAGGGUUGGGCAGGCGGCAGGGAGACUGGGAGAGACUUCGCGUCUCGCGAUGCAGAUGAGAGAUUGAGGGGCGCAGCCGAGAUUAGGGUUUAGGCGGAAGAGGAGGCGACGUUGUUUUACGAUUGAGGGGAGGGGGUUAGCUUUGCCGGUUAACCGGCAUAGCUAGCCCCGCUACCGAACACCGCCCAAUUUUACAAUUUUCGGUUAGUCGGUUAACCGAUAACCACCGAUUAGUCGGUUAACCGGUAACCGCGGUUAUCGGUUUAACUGACCGGUUAACUGAAAACCGAUAACCGAACGUCCCUCCCUAGUCCAAACACACUCUAUUAGUCGUCCCCAAAUAUUAUUAAUUAAACAUCGACCCUCUUAAUCCGAUGGUCGUUAUGUUCGUAAUAUUGCCACUUUGUGAUAAUUGGAAGUGAUCUUGCAUGUACUAGAGUGUGAGAGAACCAAAAUUAGGGCUUUUCAUAGUCCAGGACUUGUUAGGAUAGUUUUCACAAAUUGGGGUGCUCAAUUAGUACGAUAUUGUUCGCUUUGGGCCAAGCACGCACGAUUUUACUUUUUGGGUGUCCUCCCCAAAAGGUCUCGUACUAAUUGGGCUAGGUGGACACUAAUAUACAAGGGUUCCUUCCCUUGUAUUACCGAUGUGUUACUUGGAUUAUCCCACAACAAUCCUACCCUCAAGCUUAAGUAACAAUAUCAACCAACCACGAAUUUCAUGUCUUCACCUCGGCGAUUAUCUUGAUCCGCCAGACACCUUGUAUCGAUGGUCUUCUCGGUACAAGGACUUUCCUAGACAUGGAUCACUCGUGGAUCCAACAAACCAGACGCGAACCUCCUUUGAUAUGCCAAACCAGAUGUAGCCCAGACGUGGAUCUCUCGUGGAUCCACCAAACAGACGCGGAUCUCAAAUCUUGAGGUCACCAAACGAGGGUCCCACCAAACUGACGUCCACCGCCCUGAACCGAACCAGGCUUUGAUACCACUUGUCGCACCGAGGUGCUCAAUUAGUAUGUUACUGUCCGUUUUGGGCCAAGCCCGCACGGUUUUACUCUUGGGUGUCCUCCCCAAAAGGCCUCGUACUAAUUGGUCUAGUGGACACUAAUAUACAAUGGUUCCUUCCCUUUAUUACCAAUGUGGUGCUUGGAUUGUCCCAUAACAAUAGUACUAGUAGUAAUGUUAUAAGUUUAGGUACUGUAUCAUAGAUUUGACUUCCUAGCCCUUAUUCUUUAUUUUUCCAUCUCAUCAUACAUGGAGAGUAUUUCGUCCACUCUGGUGAAAUUGUAUUGGUUUUGGCCAGUUUAAUUUUUCUUUUGUUUUGCAGGCGGCAUAGUUCAUAUAGCUUGUGGAGCAUACCUGAUAGAGGUUCGUUGGUACUUGACUUUUUCUUUAUUCCUCUAGGGAUCGUUUGUGUGUUCUUCUUGCAGGCAGCUUGCACAUCAACUCUAUAGUUGGCCUAUUGGAACUUGACUUACAGGAGAUAUGAAGUUUAUAUUCGAUGGAUGGGUGCAUCAAGAAGUUUGCGAAAGGAAGACUUCCUUUGCGUUUAUUUGUUUAUCUAUGGUUCUAGGCAUACUAACAGAGCUGCCCAUUCCGUGGCAAAAACGGCCCUUGCAUCAGUAGCUCAACAUUAGGUUGACUACUGCCUUUAAUUUUCAAGAAUUUGUAAUGCCCUAUCUAUUUAUGAUCUAUCAAUGGCACAAAAAAAUCACUCUCUAUAAAAGCAAACAACAAUACUUACUCAUGUACGUUUUCACUUUCUUCGAUCACUGAUAACAUCAUCAAUGGGUAAAAUACCUCGGGUAUCGCUAGAGUAUGAGAAUUGGAGAAACUAUACCACUUAAGUAAGUAAGAAAGAAUAAGGCAUUGC